GAUUUUUAAAAAUAUACGUUGUCAUGGAAAUAUUAUCAUAAUUAUUACAAGAAAUUCAAACAUUUUAGAAAAAAAUCAGUUGUAAAAAAUGUCGAAAGAAGCUCAACCCAAUACUGUCUACAAAGGAGACUUCCUUUGGCCUUAUCUUGCUCCGAUAAAAGUCAAGCCCGGAAAACCUCCUGAAGACACAAGCUUAUUCGUAGAAGUGAAAUCGGAAUCGCCUUUGGAUAGAAAUCUGUGCCACUGUGAAAGACACAACUGGAGCCCACACUACAAGCGAGCUGAACAUCUCAAACAGAAGGAGCGUGCUUACCGGGAAGCUAUGAUACAAGUCGCUUCUGAGAGAGCGAUUUUGGAAAAUGAAAUCAUACAGCAUCCUUGUGCGGAUGUAGAUGAAUCUCUAGUUUCAUUAUAUGGUACCGAUUACCUGAAUAGAGGGUUUCCGAUGGCGGAUUACAGAACGAUGAAGAAGGACCACGACGACCCGAUCGUGACUCCAGUGGCAAUGAUGAAGAGUCCUUCCCAGGGAAGCUACAGAGAUGUUUCCAUGUUCAAGACAGUAGCAAUCAGCCCGCCUAACAUCUUCGGUCCCAGGAGUAUCACAUUCAACACAGUACCUGCAACUUUUGAGAGUGAUAAUUUAUACACCUCCGAAUAUUCAGCAAGAAUAUCACAGCAAGGUUAUUCGAACUUACAAACAAGUCAGCGUUUCAGAUAGCUUUUACACAACCAUUAUUUUAAGAACAUCAUUUAUUCUGAAGAUUAAUAAAGAUAUUUUUAAUUUUUA